UGCGGCGUUGAUGCAUCUGCCGCGCGGUAGCGCGCCGCGCCUGCCGCUUACCGGAAAAGGAAGGGACGGUCCGCGGACUUUCUGAUGAAAUCUCUCGCCAGAGGCAGACAGACAACUCAGCUACCCGGCGGCUUCACCUCCCUGGUGGACGGACAUCGAGCAGUAUUAUCAACCGGAGGACAGAAGUGACAUCUACAGCGGGUGAAGGUGUUCAUCUGAGCAAAUUUUAAAGGGUUUCUCCGCGGGAAACCAACCGUCAGUUAGCUGCUUGUGCUAAGCUAGCGUACUAACUAGCUUAGCGUGCUAACUAGCUUAGCCUCCCGCGGCUCUCCGCAGUCGGAACCGGACAAAAUGGAUCUCUUCCGCUGUUUAGACAGAGACCAGUCGCCGUUUCACGGAUCCAAAAUGUCCUGCCUGGCUCUGUAUUUCAACUCAGGUUCCACACGGAAUAAGUCCCAGCACCAUUUCGAGUCUGACGCCGGUUUUCUGGAGGAUAUUUCCUGGUUUCCGCGCAGCCUCGCUGGUUUCUAAGUGUGUGACAGCUGUCAGAUUAGCAGCUGGCCUGUUUACUCCCCUUUAACGAGACAACAUGUUCAGAAACUUUUACACAGAAGGACGUUUAUCUGACGGCCCUCCUUCAUCUGCCCCUUUCGGCGUCGCCUCGGUGGGAUUUGAUGGCCAGGAAAGCUCGUGGAUCGGCCUCCUGUCGAGGCCCGCGCUAUCGCUGCUGCGGAAGGUUCGGCGGUGGAGCGCGGCUCCCGCGGAGCUCAGCAACAGCUUCAUCGGCGAGGAAAGGGAGAUUUUACGGCAGCUGAAUGAAAUAAUCCCGCAUCAUCUCAGCUUCACGCAGUGUCCACAUGACGGAGCAGCCGGCCAGCUGGAGCCGGGACUCGCCAGCUCUGUGCCCUGGCUGAGCGCGGUGCCGGUGCGGCAUGUCGGGACAGAGCUCCAGCCACAGGUCGGGUACUUCUCCGUCCGGGGGCUGCUGGGCUCCCAGGAGGCCGCUGGAGGGAAGGCCUGGGCGGUGAGCCCCGCCGGGAAGAGCGGGCCGUGGUGGGGCAGCUUUCUGCGGAGGGGGGACAUCCAAGAGGAGGGGGCAGAGUCCCAAACAUGCCGCCCCCCUGAGGCAGAAAGCUCUGGACCCCCCCAGCAGCUCAACAAUGCAGACACAGUCCAGAACAUGGCGGCUGGGCCUGGACCCGAACAAGACCAGGGCUACCACAGCCUGGAGGAGGAGCUUACCCAGCGGGGCGCCAGGAGCCCCCUGACAGAGGAGCAGCAGACUCGGAUGGAGCCGGUACCAGAAGAACCAGAAGCAGAGGAGGUUCUGUCAGCGCCUCAGUGUGUAAACAAAUCCAUCGCCUUCAUCAUGGGGCUGCCCUGCAGUGACGAUGACAGCAGCCAGUCCGAGUCUGGCUCUGAUGAUGAUGAUGGGUUCGACAGCGAAGGUUCCUCAGAUCUAACCUCUGAUGAAGAUGAGGAUGAUGAGGCAUCGGACUCGGACAGCGAACCCGACCGUGACUCGGAGCGUCUCUGGAGCUCCUUUAGCCACAGCGUUGACCCCUACAACCCGCAGAGCUUCACCGCUUCGCUGCACACGGGCCGCUGCCCUCGGGCUGACCCCGGCCCCGCCCAGGCUGACCCUGUGCCCUCCCACGCCGCCUCCCCCCCCUCCAGCCAGGACACCUGGGACGACUCAGCGUCGGCGAGCGAGGCGGAUGAGGCGGAGAGCCUCCGCCUGCUGCGCUCCUUCAGCAGCUCCUCUGACCCCUACAGCCCCCUGAACUUCCAAGCUCCACUCAGGACUCGAGGGCCCACCGGGCCCCCCUCCAGAACCAGGAGUAGAACCAGUCCACAGACCGGCCAACAGAACCUGGUGGCGCCGCCCGAGUACAGGAGGGAGGAGGCCGAGGAGAGGCUGGACAGCGGCUUCGCUGAGUCCGCUGCCUCCAACCGGAGCACCAAGAAGGUCCGGUUCUGUGACGAGGUGGAGGAGUUCUUCGCCAGCUGCGGUGAGGAGGAGGACCGGCGCGGCCCAUGGGAGGAGCUGGCCCGGGACCGCUGCCGGUUCCGGCGCCGCUGCCAGGAAGUGGAGCACAGCAUCGGGUUCUGCCUGGCGCCUGCGCAUCGCCGCCGGGUCUACCAGGGACUUUCUGCCCCCUCUGACUCCUGACCCGGGUCCGGUUCCGACCCGGUUCUGGUAUGCAGGUCGGACCUCGAAUAGCUGCUGCUUUCACCAAAUCACUACAGAGCCAGUCAGGGCCCGGCAUUCAGCCCCGCCACCUGCUGGUUCUGGUUCCGCUGGUUCUGCUCUGACCAGCGGGUCCAACGUUUGAAGGAAUAUUUUGACUUUAUUAAAAAUCAGUCUGUUGCCAAUUAAAAGUUUAUUUUAAGGAUUCGGGCUCCAAUUAAAGCCUGAGCAGGUGUGUUAACAAGCUGCUUAACGAGGGGCGGAGCUAUUUGGUCCCAUUAAAGCCAAAGAAGAAGAGUCAGUGUUCUGGUGCUGCUCGGCAUCACUGAGGUGUUAAACGUCCAGCAGGAGGCGCUCAUCAUUCAGACAGGUCCUGUCCAGUUCUGGUUCUGAUCCAGUUCGGUUCCAGUCUUAGGUCCGGUCUGGUUCUGUCAGAGAUGUGAGGUGAUGAAGGUGUGUUCCCGCUUUCCAAGCGGCCCUGAAGGCAGCAGCAGAACCUGCACUAUGGGUUUAGUUUCCAUAGCAACCACUGGCUGCUGCCUUCAGGGUCUGAGAGAGUGUGGGAAUUCUGAGGUUCUAAAUAUUUUGUUUCAAACUGAAUUUAUUUCUCAAAGUUUUGAAUCCCAAAUGUAUUUUAAUCAGUUUAACUCCAGGCUCACUGAUAACCAGUUGAUCCAGUCUGGUUCUGACUGGUUCUGGAGGCUCAUCUGAUGAUUGGUUUGAUUAUUAAACUCCACAGGUUAAAUCACCAUUAUUUUUAGAGCGACUGGAUCUGCAGGACACUAAGAGGUAGAGUCACCUGCAGUGGUCUCCUGGUACAUUCACUGACCCGCAGCUGAAUGGGACGUUCAACAGAUCCAAGUACAGGAAGCAGAAUCUGCUCCAUCAUGUUCAGGACUGAAAAUAUUAAUCAGAGUGAACUUCCCAGUUUGAUCACGAUCUUUGGUGUUAUUUUAAUCAGAGGAAGGUUUUAUUUUUCUAACUCGUAGUUUGAUUGGAGCUCACUGGUUAUGCUUCUUCAUCUCUGCCCAGAUAACGAUGAGCUAAUAAAUAAUCGCUGUUGAUCAAAA